UAUGCCUAUCGCCCCAUUUAUCAUAAUUCAGUUAAAACCUGUGUUGACCAUGUGGAUUUGGAGAAAUCUCAUUUUGAAUACUAUGUUCUUAUGGUGGACCGAUGCGUUAUUAUGUAGUUUUAAAAAUAGAAAAAUUACUUGCUCUAAACCCUUAGAAGAUGAUCUUUACUCCAACAUAACAGUAGUGGUUGAUUCAGACGAAGUAUUGGAUCUAAGCAUUACAGAUACAAAUAUUUCCUUCAUUGACAAGUACAUGUUCAACAAAUAUAGAAAGAUGCAUACACUUUCACUAGACAGCAUAUACCUCAAAAAAAUCAACGUUAAUACCUUCAAAGAUUCGAAAAAUCUUAGAAAUUUGUACCUUUCAAAUAAUCGCCUUGAAAGUUUCAAUUUUAAUGAUACUUUUUCCAACAAUAACGUUUUAUAUAAGCUAGACCUAUCUAAUAAUAAUUUAGCAGUUUUAGAUGGUUUUGAUAAUGCGAUAUUUAAGAGUUUGACUCUACUAAACAUAUCCAACAACAACUUAGAAUAUCUACCUUCAGGAAUUUUAACAAGAUUAACAGAAAACAAUAAGUUUUAUUUAUUAAUAGACAAUAAUCCUUGGAAUUGCUCUCGUUCGGAAUGGUCUCAAGUUCUUGAUUCAAAUAUGAUCAACGCCUUUUGCGCCGAUUUGGAUAAUAUUUAUGACACAGUUGAAGAUAAUAUAACUGUAAUAGCCACACCUCUGGUCCAAAAUUUAGAAGUAAUCACAGAAAAUACUGUGACUACACCUGUAAAACAAACAAAAUCAUCCAGUAGCUUAUGUGCUUACGAAACAAAAUGCUUCUCUUAUUGUAUUUUUUGGUUCCUCGGAGGAAUAUGGGUGGGAAUCAUUCUAGGAAACAUAUGUAAGCUUAAAGCUCUUAUAUGUCCAGCCGCGCAAAAUACUAGUCAAGAAAUGGAUACUCAAUAUAGUGAGUAUGUUUUGAAGUAUGAAUUUUAUAUAAUUUGCGUUCUACAACAUUAUUUUUUUAGCCAAGUUUGAUGUUAUGUGAUAACUGUGAAAUUAUUAUAUUAUAUUUUAACGUCUAUGUCAUUUAUUAAAAUAAUAAUUCAUUACAUCACAUUUUUUAAUUAUUUAAUAAAUAAAAAGUAAACAAUUAAUAACUUACUUGAUAUUAUCAUUAUUCGGAAAUAUAAUUACAAUUUUAACUGAACUUCUGUCUAGAAACUAGAAAAUUUCAUUAGUUAAAUCUUCCCGUUUAAUUUCUAUUAAAAAGAUACGAACUCACUUUGAAUUUGAUACAUUUUAACUUCACCAACUAUAAAAUUAAAUUAUCGCACCCGAGAUCUACAGAUUUGGAACGAUACCCAUUUGGAAUGAGAAUCUUUUGAUAAUUUUAGUAGAUACUAAAAAUAACGUUGUAUUAUGAAAAUGAUAACGUGAUAUUAGGUUUAGUGAGAUAACGUUGGGCUAGGUCAGGUUCAUUCCACAUUCUUACAUAUCUAAAGGCAGUUUCACAUGGUGCAAGACCACGUGCAAGAAAUUGCAUACAAGUUCAAAAUAUUACCAAGAUGAAUAAUGCACGUUGCUUGAAAUUAUGCAAGUCUAUUGCCAUUGCAUCAUGACUGCAACUAACAAAAAUUCAAUUGAUAAUAGUAAACAAUUUCCUAACCUCAAAUUUUAUUAAAUAUUUUUUGUCCGGCUUAAAA